UUCUAUAAAUACRAAGGGUCAGUCAUCACCGAUUCUUGUAUCAGCUCAUGCAUGUUCAGUGAGUCGUUGAGGAAGAAUUAGAAGAGAUCGAAAAGACUUCAGAGAUCUUCUACUUUGAUGAUAWAAUUAUUCGYAUGGUAUUCCUCGCUGAAGAAGGCAUUCUACUCCAUGUCGUCGUACCAGCCAUCUUGUUCGUGACAAGUGUUUAUUCAGGGAGUGUCUGGCCCAGUGGAUGGUAUGGGUUACCUCAGCCUAAGACUGGCUGUCCGUCUAGUUCUGAGUGGGGUAGAGGUUGGUGGCACGAGGAAAGAAGACUAAACAACCAAUCAACAGCAAGGGUGCCCCAGUACUCUCAUCUUAUAGGAAUCUUCAACCAGGCCAUCACAAAGAGAUAUUUCUGCAUCAAGAAGAAGGACAAUGGACAGGACAACCCUUGGCCCAAUGGCCAGUAUUGUAUCUAUCAAGGGCUGUUGAGGACUUGUCCACCAGGCUUCGUUCAAGGUUCAAUAGGAUGGAAGAACAAAGAUGCACCCAAUGACAACCACCAUUCUGGUAUGGUACCGUCAGGUGUGUUCUCUACCAGCACUAGAAUUAACUACUGCUGUAAAGUAGAUGGGUCAAAAGAGAACAGCAUUUCUUUACCAGUAAACAGACCGUUUCUUCUCUUGGCUUACAAUUCAAGUGAAUGUCAGUCUGUUAAGUGGGCAUAACAAGACUCUGACCACAAGCCAAGGAACCAUCUCACGAUAUCUGAACCAAACAUCUGUCCAUCAAGAACGACACACAGCAUGGUGCAUCAAACCUUAUUCACCACUUCCAUUUCAAUUCUUGGUUGUACGUUUCACUCGAUUUACCUUUCAUGCCAGUAACAUCAACAGCUACCUAGAGGUGUUGGAUGGAUGUAAAGAGUCUGCUCCCUCGCUGGGGAGAUUCUCUAGUACCCAGUCUCCUCUAGGUCGGAAUAUUACGUCAUCAACCAAUCAGGUCUUUGUCGUUUUACAAUUUGGUGACAGAAAUGGGACGUACGAUUUUGAGUUCAACUAUCACAUGAUACCCAAGGUGACAACUGCUGCAACAACACUCCCGUUAUCGAGUGUGACAUCAGCGUCGCUUACAGUGUCUUCUACUGCAGAAAUAAAAACGACUUCACAUCCACCAACACCCGUAACGACGACCGAAAUUACGUCAUCUUCACCGUAUACGUCAUCAUCAAAAGUGACGUCAAUUCCAACCAAUAACCCAGGUACCCAUCUUCAUCACCAUGGCAACAUUAUGCUAUUACUCUACACUCUACUGCCGACUGGGGGGCUUGUGUUAGUUCUAGCUUUAAUGAUUGGAGUGAUGAUGGUAAGACGACGAAGGAAAAGAAUCACAUAUUCAAGACUAACUUCGCUGUCCAUCGAUGAAAUUGUUCCCGAAUCGAACGAUACUUCAUGCGCAGUAACCAGCGAUAAACAGGUUGAUACUGACACCAGCACGCGUCUGAAGCUAAUGGACACGACAGAACGUACGUCAUCUGAUUCAGACGAUGAAAUGAUACGUCUAGAUAGAAAUCCAGCAGGUUUCCCAAACACAGAACUGCAAAAUGUAAAGACGUACUAAUGGAUAUUUUCUAAGAUGCACGACCGCUGUGCUCAGAUGAAUAUAUAUGACUAUGUAUAUAGUGAUUGCAAUGUAUAUGAUGCGUAAAGAAAACAAUUGAGAGAGAUCAAAUAGAAACACAAAGGUUUAAGUGCUUAUCUUGGCUAUUGAGGGAAGGGUUUUCCCAUCGGAUAGAAAUCGCUUCUUUGAUCUUAAGUUGAAAGUCCGUGUGUGCGCUGUCACGAAUCUGAAAAGAAUCCUUGCUGCAAACAGCGCGACACCCCUCACGUUCAGCAAGAUGUUUGUUGACAUGGGACGCCUUAUCCCUAGAGAGAUGUUCGUGCACACGUGGUAUUGCUCAGUUUCUGCUCUCAAGACCAUUUGGAAAUAAUAAUAAUGAUAAUGAUAGUAAUAAUGACAUUGACUUGAUAUAACUGGGCAAUUGCUUAGAUAUAUAAUGUAUUCGCAAUUUCAAUAAGAGCAAUACUUGUAAAACGAUCGAGUUAAAGUUGAAAUAAACGAAAUAAUAAUAAUAAUAAUAAUAAUAAUAAUAAUAAUAAUAGUAAUAAUAAAUUCUUAUAUAGCGCACUAAACGGACGUCUCAGUGCGCUAGGUGACAC